AGCCCUUAGUUAACUUCCCCAAGAUCACACAAAUACACAGUGCCCACCCAAUAGGAGGCAGUCAAUACGGGUUUAAUUGAACUCCAGAAGGUCCAAGAAUCACCGUUGGAGCAAGAGUGUCCGACAAGCCCAUGAGCCUCAAAGAUGCCGAUGACUUAAACAAUGGCGAGCCUUAUUAGCCCUCAUUUAGCAUUGGAGCCAGGAGUCAACAUAUAUAUGGGGCCUACGGUGAUUCUUCCUAGAGUUCUGUUCGGAAACCCUUCUGACCCGGCAGGAGCCCCUCUCACUGAGCUCGGCCUACUAUUUCUAGCUGCACUCCCUCCGCCCCCAACAGCCGCGGAGCCUGAUGUACCCCUGAAGGAAGGAAGCCUGGGCGAGAGGGCGGGCAGGGAAACGGGAGAGGAAGCUGUGCGCACACCCUCUCGGGCAACAUCACUAUCUUCCUGCCACCUCACCUCACCUCACCUCGCCUGCCCUUGCCCAACGACCCGGGGCUCCCUAGGCUGAGGGCGCCCGUGCUGGCUGGGGCACCUCGCGAGGGGCUCUGAGAGAACCCGGCCCCGGCCCUGAGUGGGCAGCCCCAGAGCAGCGUCGCAACAACCGCGGCCAAGCCGGGCAUCGGGGCGGCACUGCCUUCCCCCAGGACCCGCGGGGAGGGACAGAUCCCUGCGUGCCCAGAUAAAAGUGUUCCUCUGUAUAUUAAAAGCACAUUUGACCAAUGAGUGUGGCGAUUGAAUUGCCCCCAAAACUGGAGGAGGAGGAUACCUUUGGAGGGGAAGAUGACAUGACGGAUGGAGAUCUAGGAAAUGGACUUGGCCGAAAACCUGGUGGUAUUUAUGAAACGGAAGAUGCAAAUGCAUCUAAUUCCAGAAAAGGAUCCUUUCCUUCAUCUCCAGGAAAGGGGGAAAAAAGCAACAGCACCAUUUUCCGUUAUUUCAAACAUCGUAAUUCACAUGGUACAAUUUCCAAAAAGCAUGGAUUUGCAAGUUGUAAACGACAUAAUAGUGCUGAUUUUACUGAUUCAGAAUUAUCAAAUGAAGAAUUAAGGCAACGGCUUCAUGAUGUUUUGCAGGAAGUAGAGGUUCUACGAAUUGAGCUUGAAGCAUCACAAAGACAACUUCAGGGGAAAAAUGAAGCACUGAAAAUACUCCAAAGCAUGGCGAUAUUUGGUAAAGCUACUAGCCAUACCAAAGAAAUACUUCAAAAAUCAGAAGAACAGAAGAAAUCUUUGGAAAAGGAAAUAAAUGCUCUGCAGUGGGAAAUUGAAUUUGAUCAUGAUAGAUUUAAAACUGUAGAGGAAUCUUGGGCCCAAAAAUAUGACAGAAUAUACUGUGAAAAUUCAAUCCUCAAGGAAACUUUGAAAUUAAGAACAGAAGAAGUUAAAAGGCUUAAGUCUGAAAAUGCAACUUUGAAUCAGCAGUGUCUGGAGUCUGUUGCAAUGCUUGAUAUGAACCAGCAGAAGCUUGUUCAAGAAAGCAUGUGUCUUAAAGGUGGCUCUACUGAGGUUACAGGCCUUGAACUGGCAGUACUCGGUGCUUGCAUCUGUAACCAUCCGGGAGGACAGCCUUGUUCCUGUGCCAAGACGGCUGCAACUGCUAGAAAACAGCUUCUUCAGCUGAAGCAAGAGUUAGAAAUGUUAAGGAAGAGUAAAGAAGAAGCUUAUAUAAUGGCCGAUGCAUUCAGGAUUGCAUUUGAGCAACAAUUAAUGAGAAGAAAUGAGCAGACCCUGAGACUGACACAAAUAAAUAGAAUUUGUAAAAAACCAACCAAAUGGCUAAAUUGGAAACACCUUAAGGAUGAUGGAUUUGUGUCACAAAAGAAGAAUUUUGGACAGAAGCUAAUGAGUAUACUUGAAGCCAAUUCUAAGAAAAUGGAAGAGCUGGACAAUCCUCAGGAAAUCUUUAGGAUCCUGAUAGAUUUGUUGAAUGAUAAAGAAGAAGCUUUAGCUCAUCAGAGAAAAGUUAGUUACAUGCUUGCUCGGGAACUCGAAGAAAAAGAUGCUGUAAAGAAGAAUAAAGAGUAUGAACCUGUUAAAGAGGAUUCUCCAUCUGAAAACCACUUACCCCAAACUUCAGAACCCCCUAGUUUGUUGGAUCCUGUAUGUACAAAUUUCCAUAUUCUUAACUCUAGGAACUGUAUUUGUUCAGUCCCUAAUCACAAAAUAGAUGAGACUUCCACAGGAACACUUCAAAAGUCACAUUCCUUGCCAUCACGGAUCAGGUUUUUUGAAGAAAAGUCAAGUUGAAGAAACAGAUGAAAUUAGAAUUGAAAGUGGUUUGUAACACCGUUUUGAAAAAUAAGAUUUUGUGCCUCUUAAUGCGUCAUGAGAAUUUUUGCGCCUAUGUUGCAGUUCUUGAGUCUUCCUAAUUUUAAAACAAUGAUUUGACCAAACUUUGUGGGAAUAAUGCAUUUUUCUAUAAUUUAACAUUGUGAUAAAAUAUGUUUUGAAAUAUUUUUAUUAUAGUAUUUCAUUGUUUAUUUGUUAACAUAUUAAAACCAUGCACAUAAAAUGAUUUGGGAAGAAAAUAGAAACAUAAUUAUUCAAUUAGAUUAUAUAACAGGACCCUAGGUUGGCUAACAGAGUCAUGGAACAAUUUUUAAAAUGUUGCUCAAAGAAAUUGUGGCAUCCAACCAAUCUUUCCAAUGGAGCACAUUAACUAUUAGCUGAUGAAGCAGUUUUUAAUCUUGGCUUUUUUCAGUGAACUGUUUGAUGUAAAAAGUUAAGAACUAAAAGUUCCAUUUUGUUCAUUUCUGUCAAAAAUUUCAGAUGACAAAAGUUUGCCUUUGUUUGUUUCUUUGGACGGAGUAUGGAAGGAAUCUAUUGAUUUUUGCUUCAUAGGAUUACAGGUUUAGCUCUGGAGAGAUCCUCAGAAGUCUAGUCUAACCUCCUGCUUCCAAACAUGAGGAAACAAGUCCAGAGAAGAAGCUUGCUCAGAGCCUCACAGUAAGGACCAGAACUCAAAUCUGAACUCAGAUCUUCAGACUCAAAUCCACCACUCUUUCCAUGGUAUCACACUGCCUCUUAAUGAUCUGAUUUGGACAUUUUAUAUAAUUCAGUGGUUCAAACAAAUUGGUCCUCGUAAAUCAUUGUAGCUUCGAGAGUGUAUUAUAUUGUCAUUAAAAGAAGUGGAAGUCAGUUUUUCACUUAAUUCUAAUCCUUGGUGAAAAGGCAAGUUAAAAAGUGCUUAGAUAGAAGAGAUUGCACUGUGGCCUUGAAGUUAAAGGAUUUAUGCAAUAAGACAUUUGUGAAAGAUUCUGAAAUGUAAUAAUAACUGAACUAACAUUAGUAGAGAUAAAAGCUUUUCUCCCCUAUGGUGAAGUUCUUCAGGCUUCAGAAACUUUCCCUGUUGGAUUUAAGUUUUGCGGGUUAUAACUUUUAAAAUUAAUUAAAUAUGACUAAUUUUAGGUACAAACAGUCUUCAGGAGAUAGUAGAAAACAGAGGGCUUCAUAUGCUAUGAUCCACAGGGUAAUGAAGAGUCAGACAUGGCGGAAUGACUGAACAACGACAACAAAAGAGAAUCUGGAAAAUUUUGUUAAUACUUGUAUAAUUUGUAUAAUUUACUAUUGAAGGAAGGACAUUUAGUAUGAAAUUGAGGAAGUCAAGAAACUGAGCUCAGUUUAGAGAUUUGCCCUUGAACAUAAAACAAGUAUUUGGCAUUUUAAUAUCUGAUUCCUAGUCUUAAUAGUAUAGCCAGGCUGCAUUAGAGGGUCUUGUGACAUCCCUUACCUCACCAGCAUCAUGAGGACUUUAGGCAAUGUUUGUAAAAUUUUUUGAGUUCUUCAGAACAAGACAUAAUUAAAUUUUUAGUAAAAGAAUAAUACUUGACUUAGGAUCAAUAAAUAUAAGGCACCAUUUCUAUUUGCUGCAUCACAUAGUUUCAAACCAAUUUGCUCAAUAAAAAUACCAACAAACAUUGAAAGUGUUCUAUCUAAAAACAAAACAACCUUGCUUCUGUGCUAUCUCCUAGUAAUUUGACAUUUGUUGGAAGUUUUUCACCAUUUUUAGGUAUAUUUCAUUCACUUUUGCAUUUUUUAUUGACUGUUUAAAAAUAUGAAAUAUGGCUGAUAUCCUAUAUCACGCUUAUAUAUCCACUUGCCUUUGUUCAUUUAUGGUUUCAGUUAAUAUUUUAUCUGUUCUAAAAACUUUUUUAGGCUCAUACCAAUGGAUAGAGGUACUCUUUUAGCUUUUCUUUCUGUUUCUGAAAGUCUAAAUUAUCACUGAGAGUUGUUUGUACCCAUUUUGAAUAUAGUGUGACCCAUUUGUACCAUAUAUUGGUACAGGCCAGUGCUAAUAAAUAUGCAUUGUAGAUGCAGCUUUUUACUGAUAAAAUGUUGCUUGUUCUAGAGCUUGUUUACUGUGAGAAUUAGCUGAAUUUGGGAGAUGACAACCUGCAUCAUUUGGAAGUUCAAUCUAAUAUCUUUCCUUUUGUCUUUAUUUAAAGUCCAUCUUUACUACUCUCUUCACAUCAUCCAUGUUGCCCUGUGAAUGCCCUUCUUUAUGAAUUUAGAAUCACAUUUGUUUUUUCUCUCAACAUCAUCCUCAAAGAUUUCAACAUCUACAUUGGUGACUUAAAAGUUCCUAACCUUUUCUGACUACAAAACUGGCUCACUUACACUCUAUACCAGCCAUACAUUAGCAUGGCCACAUUUUAGUUUCAUCUCCCAAAGAUAUGGCUUUAUCUCUGACUUCUUUAACUCUGCCUUUGUCUCUCUCACUCUAACUUCCUUAUGGAGCUCUGCUUCCUACCCUGUCUAUCAAACUUUUUCCUCAUUGUUACAGAAAAAUUUUAAAAAUAUUUAUUUUUCCUCAAUUACAUGUAAAAACAAUUUUUAACAUUCCUUGUUAAGUUUUGAGUUUCAA